GUGCACAGGGUGGUGAACUUUCCCAGCAGCUGGACAUGGAGCCUGGAACAGGCAUGCAGCUCGAGGCCCUAAACCAGGCUUUGCAAGAAGAGCUGUCCACUCUGCUUGGGAAGUGUGAACAACUGGAGAAGAGCAAAUGUCAGCUGCAAGAAGAGAUGACAAAACUCCACCAUCAUUUGGAGACUUUGGUGCUGGAUGGCAGCCAAAGAGAACAGUGUACAAGAGAGGUGGCAGAAGGAGCUGACCAGGAAAGAAGUCCAAAGCUACAAGAGGUCAGCCUUGUUUUGCAGGCACAGGCAGCCCACCAGGCCCCACUAGGACAAACUGGAGACAUUCAUUGUGAAUCCAUGAGAAUCCAGUUGGAAGAAAGAAUUAAAAAUCUGGAAAGGGAAUUGGAGAGGGUCAAAAACACCCAACAAGAGAGAGCUUCUCGUAAAGAAGCAACUCAGGGAGAGAUGGAAAUGUACAAAGAGCUGUAUGUGGAGGAAGUGAAAACCAGAAGAUGCCUUGCCAAGAAACUGGAAAGGCUGGAAAAGCUUCUGAGGAUAGAGAGGAGGAAACUCCGGGUUAAUGAAGAGAAAGAAAGUCAGUCCCAGCUGGAAGAAAUGAAGAAGAGAUAUUCUGAAAAGGUCAAGGAAGUUGAUAGAUUCCAAAGAGAGGUUGCUGAACUUUCCCAGCAGUUGGACAGGGAACGUGAACAGUGCACGCAGCUGGAGGCCAAAAAUCAGGCUUUGCAAGAAGAACUGUCUGCCCUGCGUGGGGAGUGUGAGAACCUGGCCAUGGACAAAUGCCAGCUGCAAGAAGAGCUGGCAAAACUCCACCAUCAUUUGGAGACCAACGUGGUGGAUCGCAGCCAACUCGAACAGUGUAAAAGAGAGGUGGAAGAACAAGCAGACCAGGAAAUAAGACAAAAACUCCAGGAAGUCAAUGAGUUUUUGCAACUUCUGUCUUUGCUGAAGGCAGUGGCAGAAGGCAAUGUGGUUGGGCAGGAGUGCUGUCAUGGGAGGUGA